UCAGAGGUCGAGCAGCGAUGGCGGAUGCGGACGACGUCGACAUCAUGAUGAACUAUCGCGGAGAUUUGUUAAAAAACGACAAAAAGAACAGCCGCUACCCCUACUGCAUCGUCUGGACUCCCAUUCCUAUUUUAUCGUGGGUGCUGCCUUUCAUUGGUCAUCUGGGGAUAUGCACCUCUUCCGGAAUCAUAAGAGAUUUUGCUGGAUCUUAUUUUGUCUCGGAGGACAACAUGGGCUUCGGGAGACCAACAAAGUAUUGGAAGCUCGAUGUGGACAAAGUGUGUGGCAAUGGUGCUGCGACUUGGGACAAAGCAGUGCACGAUGCAUCUGAAGAAUACAAAUGCAGGCUGCAUAACCUGUGUUUUGAUAACUGCCAUUCCCACGUCGCCAUGGCCCUCAACCUCAUGCACUAUGACAACAGCACCUCUUGGAACAUGGUCAACUUGUGUGUUCGGUCUCUCAUUCAUGGCAAAUAUGUGAGCUGGGCCGCGUUCUUCAAGACCUGGCUGCCCUUCAUCAUGCUCUGCGGAGUCUUCGCCAUGUUCAUCCUAACAUUCAACCUUCAGUAAUACAGUACACAAAGAGACUCAUUUAUUUGCAUUUCUUUGACACACCUUGUGUUUGAUUAAGAGACAAUGUCAGCGGUGAUGUGUAUGCAGUAAUACUUCACUGCAUACACAUCAACGCUGACGACGUUUCUUUAAUAUUUAUUGAUUAAGCAUAUUUUGCAUUGUUUUAGGCCCAGGCUCCCACAGUGCUGGGGAAGGAUUCGGUGAUGAGUUUCAUAUGUAUUUUUUAUGAUGAAUGUGUUUCCAGACUGGCUAAUGUACGUCAGUGACGAAAAAUGGAAGUGACAAGGUGAAUCACUACGCAAUCUCAAUGCUGAAAGUGUUCAUCAAUUAUUCAAAAGAUUAAGUGAUAUGAAGCACUACCAAAGACAGAAUGAUGUAGGACCCGUCGGAGGAAAAAUGACCUUGAGUAGAUAAAUGUUUUCUUUUUCUUUUCUUUUUUUGAAGUUAGGUUACAUGUUUUGUUGUGAUUGCAUUUCAUUGCUUAGAAACUGUACAGCGUCAUCGUGGAAUGUAAUUUUAGCAUCAAACAAGCAUUACUUUAUCGCAUUGCCGAUAUCACUAUAAAGUGCAUUUUGGUGUCCUCAUCAGAAUUACUCAGUCAUCAUGAAAAUGUAGCAGAAUAAUGAAAUUCUGCGGUCCAAUUACGUGGUCAGACAUUUAAACAUAUACCAAUACAAUAAGUCUCUUAAAAUGUGUUUCCUUGACUUUAUACAAUUGGUUUCAUUUGAUGUACGCAAUUUUGGCAUGUGCCACACGUUGGUCUGCUCACUACAGUGUGUGUGUGUGUGUGUAAUAAGCGGGUAAAUAAUAAUAAAUUCCAAAAUGUUUUCCAUA